AUGGAGGAUUUUUUGCUUCCUCCUAGAAUGUUCGCCACCGGCGAAGAACCACUUGGAGAGCGCGUCAACUCGUAUCACAAGAUAAAGAGGACCGAGUUGCUAAUCGAGGCUCUUGAACCGGAAGAGUUAGAAUUUCUGAGAAAUUCUACUUUUGGAAAGAUUCUCGCGAUCGAGGAGAACCCUCCGUUUUCAGGUGCUUUUGGCCAAUAUGUCGUUGUUAGGCUUCUGAAAGUGAACAAAAAAUACGAGGUUUGGUUCAUCUUCGCGGGAAACCCAGUCAGAAUGUCACUCCGGGAGUUUGCUAUCGUCACCGGAUUAAACUGUCGGAAGAUUCCAGAACCAACUAAGAAGAGGAAAAACCCUCUGAAAGAGAAGCUGUACUGGAACGAACUCCUUGGCUCGUUGAAGUUCUGCACUGUUGUCACAGCCAUCGACAUGCUGAAGAAAAAGGUUGUGAAGAGCAAAGAGGCGCGGAUUAAGUUUGCUUGCCUUGCAAUCACGUCGUCGAUUCUAUUCCCGUCCUCACACACACCUCGCAUCAUCCCGGAGCAUGUCGAACUGAUUCGAGAUCUAGACGACUUCCUCGCAUUCCCUUGGGGCAGAGCCUCAUACCACACGCUUGCUACAUCUCUUAUUUCAAAAGAUGAAAUAGCAUUAUCGCAGGCGUCUGUUGCGAUUCACAGCUACGUUGAUGCUAUUCAACUAGUUCUUCUUGCCGCCAUCCCUCAGUUGAAGGAAGAAAUCACACAGUCUGAGCGCACUGUUAUUGUGGAUUCCGAAAGCGAGAGCGAGAACCCGAAUGAAGAUUUAGCAUUAGAGGGUGACAACGCUGUGCCGCUAGCAGAACCUUCAGAGGCGACCAAGUAUUGUCUUAUCCCCGGGCAUGCUAAGAGCAUAGACAUCGAGUGUCAGGUCACUGUCAAGUAUAUUAUAGAUGAGCCGUACGAAGAAUGGUCUGCUGGGCUAGAUUUCUCGUGGGUCGAUGAGUCCGAGGAUUUUGCUGUAGAGAACCUGGUUCGACUGAUUGGUGAGGGUUUUUCAUUUUGUAAGGAUAUGUUCAAAGGUGGUCUAAACGCAAGUGAUCUUUUGCGUUUGAGGGGAGUGAAGAAACUCAAGGAGAAAGAACCGAAGGAAAAAAAUGACAAGGAUCACGCCGCGGAGGUGACAGAUGGCGAGGGUCCUGACUCUCAAACCCACAUUUUAAUAGCUAAUUUGGUUGCGUCGCAGCUACUUGACAAGUCCAGAUCUCCCGCCUCCGAGCUACGUGAUGAAAUCAGCUCACUGGAGAAGCGUAUUUAUCAAGCACUGGACGCCAAGAUAGAGAAAAUUGCUUCAUCAACUAUUCAAUCACAACAGUUAGCUAGCCGUCAGGCCACCAUUGUCGGAUUCCUCCAGGACAUUGAUAAAAAGAUUGGCACUGCCCUGGUUGGUCAAAUGAAGAUCAUGCAAGCUUCGAUACUCAACGGUGUAACUGAACUCAUUUACCAGACCAUUACCUCCCGCGGUGUUUCUGUUGAGCAUAAAGUUUCCGGCAAAUUUCCUGAGUUUCUUCCACAGAAAGACUCCAUCCCCCCCCCCCCUGUCAACGGCAACCCUCCAGUCGUGCCUGACACUAGUACCCCAUCUGAAGCUGCUGAUUUUCGCAUCAGCAAGGUGCUGCGUGAUCUGAACAUAGUACCUGACCAUUCUCUCCCUGCAAACACAGUUGAUAAUCUCGAUGCUGAGCUGGACACCGCCAACGGAUCGUCGUUGCAUACCUCAAUUGCGGCUGACUCACAGCUCCAGGCUGAGCAGAGAGAUGUGCAAGUGGAGGAUCUAGUAACAGCCAACUACAUCACUAAACAUGCCAUAAACAACUUAGAUGAUAACAAAACUCCAGACCUGGAGAACAAUCAAUCACUGGGAGUUACAUUUUUUGUUGUUGAGAAUCCUGACUCAGAAGAGUUUGAGAAGGAGGAGAUGCAUAUACCUUUUUAUCUAGACGAUAUGCCGUCUUUCUCACUCGGGCUCUCACAGGAAGAUGCCCCCGUUGUGGAGGAGACGCCCAACCCGAUUAACUAUGUUUCACCACCCAUGGCACAUGAAAAAGAGGCACCGGAGCCGCGCAAGAGCAAAAGGUCUAGGAUAAUCCCUGCUGGACUUCAAGACUACAAGUGUGAUCCAAAGGUCAAUGCAGGGCAUUGCAUUAUCCCUGAUGUUGACCACCGUUUUACGCUAAUGGAGCAGAAGGUUAUGAAGGAAUCGGAUAUCAAUCUUCCUAACGGAUACUCCCGGUCAUCGGCUGAGUUCUUAGAUAUUGCCUAUCGUAACACCAUAUUACCUACGGGGGUCGUUGACGCCCUUAUCGGAUUCGUGUCUCGUGGCCCCACGGUUGGUCCAAAUGUUGCCAUUUACGACACGACCCUUCCAGUUGCUCUGAUGAACCACAACAAUCGGUUUGUGAAGUCCACAGUCAAAGACCAUUCCAAGCUUAAGUUCGCUGACGUCCCACUGGAGAAACACUUGGAGAAGUCGCAUGAGAGGAUAUAUUUCCCAUUUAACAUGGACAAACAACACUGGGUUGGAGUUUGUAUCGAUACCAAAGCGUCCACUCUCCAUGUCCUGGAUUGCAACACCUCGUUUCGAAGUGACAGCUCGCUGAAGAAAGAGUUAAACCCUAUUGCUACCCUCCUCCCAUACGUUCUUAAACAGUUUGGCUUUUUAGGAACCAACGCCGGUGUCAAGGCCUUUACCGUGUCCAGAUGCAAGGGAAUACCGCAGCUAACACUGACGUUAACGGAUAAUGCUGAAGUUAACGGACAAGUUCUAGAAGUUAGCGGUUAA